AUGACAUAUAAACGUAAAAAAUAUCAUCAUGGCGAUACCCAUUUAAAAAAACGCUGGAGACUCAGAAACAGAAAGAAGGAUCUUGAUGAAAUCGAUACAGACUUGAAAGAAGAUAAUGCUGAGAAAUUGUUAAAUCAAGAUAUUGAUUUAGACUUACCUGGAGCAGCGCAACAUUAUUGUUUACAUUGCGCGCGUUAUUUCAUUGAUGAACAUUCAUUGAAUGAACAUUUUAAGACAAAGGUUCAUAAGAGAAGAUUGAAAGCAUUAGAAUUGGAACCAUAUACCGUCGAGGAGUCAGAACGUGCAGCUGGCCAUGGCAACUUUAAAUUACCAACUAAAAGAAAAAUUGAGACACAGAAUAUAAAUAAAAAGAGCCUUACUGAUGCUGAUGGAGAUACUAUUUUAGAAGACGAUAUCCCGAAUAAGUAUUUUAAUGAAUGUUUUGAAAAAAUAGAUUUGGUUCGAGAAGAGCUUAGAAAAAGAAAGUGUAAAAUUGAUUUGAAUAAAAUACAAAAUCUUUGGUCAAUUUAUCAAGAACUUGAACUGGUAAAAUCUAAUUAUGAUAGAGAAAGGGAAGAAAUAUCUAAGCAACUUUCAAAGCUUAUAAAAAGUGAACCAGAUAGUGAGACUACAAACAAAUUAAAAAUACAAAACAAGUUAAUAAAAGACAAUUUGAGGAAAUUAAAAGUACCAUUAUGGUCAGCAGAAGAGGCAGCCAUAUUAGAAUAUUUAAAAUUGCCUAAUGCUUUACAUUCUACAACACCAGACAGUGUCAACAAUGUUUUUUUCACUCAUCUCUCACCACCUAGAUCCAAAAAAGAUCAUUUAAAAAUAGCAAAGGAUCUUAAUAUAAUGAACUUUAAAAAGAAUGAAAAUUAUUAUCUCAUUGGGGAUGCAGCCAUUUUUGAGCUAGGUGCAAAAUUCUACAUGAAUAGUAUGCUCCGAAAGAGCAAUUUUGUGCAGUUUUCAAAUCCUGAUUUUGUCAAAAGUGUUGUUGUUGAAGGUUGUGGCUUAGAUCAUACGGAUCCUGAUUCAACAUUUAUCUUGCAUCAUAAUGAUGAUACCAAAUUGAAUAUUAACAAUCGUUUACAUUUAACAGGUGGAGGCUCAUUGUUUUCAUUUAUGGCUUACUAUACUAAAAAUAUUUUGUACCCUAAAGUGCUUCCACUGAAAGUAUUUACAAUGGGCAGGCAAUAUGUACCCUCCCCCUCUAAUGAGGAUAGUUUGUUCCAUGUAAGCCAAUCCUCUGUGGUGGAAUUAUUUAGUGCUACUAGAACAGCGCAAGAAAUGGAAGAAUUAUUUAGUGAAAUGAUUCAGUUACUAAAGUUAUCCUAUAGUCAGCUUGGUUAUCAUUUUCAGAUGAGUUUCCUAUCAGCUGAUAAGUUAAAUACAUGGGAAUCUUCAAGGGUAAUCGUAGAAAUGUAUUCUACAUCCCUAGACAGUUAUGUGGAAAUUGCUAAUAUUUCUCUUAGUGGUGAUUUUAUCAGCAAGAGGCUCAUGUUCACUUAUGUUGAUAACAAACAAACUCAGUUUCCACAUAUUAUAUCUGGUACAAUGUUAAAUGUACCUAAGCUAUUAGCCUGUGUGUUAGAACAAGAUGAAGAAUUUGAACUACCCACACAAUUUCAGGUCAAAAACUGGUCUAUAUAG